AGUUUAACUUCAUUCCCUCAAAUAACCCCUCAAAUUUUUGGUUCACUCAACCAUUUGCUCUGACGUAUAGCUAUGGGAAGAGUGUGUUCUUCAGGUGAGACAGCAUUAGAUGUAAGUAUUGCUCUGUGAAUGAGGAACUGAGAUGGUGGACGGUCGGACAUUGGCGAUCGUUGCACAGAGCCUCGCUCUCUUCUGGAUGGGGCUAACAAUCUCUGAGGCCUCUUCUCUGGGGCUUACAGUCCAUGUUGAGCCCAUGCAAAAUGAUGGUGGGCAAUCAGUGAGAGCUCAUUUCACAGCAAUCGCAUCCAACCCUUGCCCCCCAUUAACUGGGCUGUGCACUGAAGGGGUCAACUGUACCCUUCACAGAACCUAUGUCCCCUUCAGUGGCACUAAACCCAGCUCAGGCUGGUGUGUUCGCCAGUGGGAGCAAGUGCUCCCCAGCAACUAUGAAAGCACCAUCAGUUUGAAUGCCAACACCACCUUUUACUUAUCAAUAAAAGCAGCGCCUCAUGUACGUGUAAACUCUGGGAGACUUAAUCACCCUGCUUAUGUUGCACUGCCUCCACCAAUAAGGGCCCGCAAGAACUGUCCACACCACAUUCAUCUGUCGGUAAAAGAUUUGGAUGGCGACAAGGUGCGAUGCCGGUUUGCUAUAGAAAAGCAAGGAGAGUGUCGCAAUUGUUCUCCGCACUCGUUCAUAGAGCUGAACAAGGAUGCAUGUACGUUGACAUUUACUGGAAUUGCAAAAUUUGGCCAGUAUUCCAUCUACCUGAUGGCAGAGGACUACAUUCCUACCCCUGAAGUGAGCCAAACUAGUGAAAGCCAACCACUCAGCUCUGUGCCGGUGCACCUGUCACUUACCGUGGAGCAGUCAACUUCCAGCUGUGCAGAUGAGCCUGUAGCGACAGUAAGGACUCCCAGAGACCAUGCAACUUUUCAUGUCUUACCAUUCGAGGAUGUGAAAUUUGAGGUUGACUUCAUGUCCCAAAAAGAGAGUAUUUCAGAAAUAGCAGUUGUCGGCCAACCUGGGCUCGUCAAGUAUGGCUUCACUUCGACUGGCGCCAUGUCACGACUUUCCAUGUCCUGGGUCCGUGGGGAAAACACUCUCGCCCGUGUUUUCCCUAUCUGCUUUGUUGCCAAUUCCUUGAGUUUGCAGUCAGAGCCUCGGUGUGUAUGGCUGUACCAACGAGAAAUCAGGACCCUUCCUAAUGGAACAGAGCUGAUAUGUAAUAAGACAGCGAUGACACUCAUCCUUCCCAUUGGCUCACUGAGCAACAUCAACUUGGAUGAGCUGCAGCUCAACAGCCCCGCUUGUCCCAUAACCUUUAACAACACUCAUCUCACUGCACAUAUUGAGUUAGAUGGCUGUGGCACCAGAACUGUGCACACAGACACAGAGCUGGUUUACACCAACACCUUGAAAAGUGUGCAUCCCUCGUCCUUGAUUAGACGUCAGCCCUCCCUUAUCCUCCCGUUAGCCUGCCGUAUCCCUGCUGUCCAAGCCAGAGGCCCAAAUUUCAACGUCAAUAUUCCCACAAUCGCCUUUGAUAAUACCGCUGUUCGAUUAGAAUUUCACUUGCCAGGUGAGGGGCCAAUGUGGACAUAUACAAGCAAUCCACAAUUCAACCCUCUUGAGCUAAUAUCAGAGCGAGUGCGAGGGGACGCUUCACCAGUGCGUCAUAUUCGUGCUGUCCAAGGGGAACCUGGGUCUAGGAUUAAAGAGCUGGACCUUCAUUUGAUUUCUAACUCCACUCUGGAUCGAUCUGAGCUUAGUAUCCUACGUUGUGUGGAGUCUGCGACUGCAGACUUUUCCAAAGUUUACACCAUUUUGGAGCAGGGAUGCAAAUCUUCCCUGUCAACAAAAGAGAUUAGGGCAUCAAGUAACGUAAGAAUCUUCCGUCUUGAUUUGUCCGAAUUGGUUACAGUUGGAAACACGAUGUAUGUGGAGUGUGAAGUCGAUUUGUGCAUCACCUUCCUUCCUUCUCAGAAGUGCGCAAAACGGUGCAACCAGGUUUUGGGGAAGAGUGUGGCACCCAGAAUGUUGAGCAAGCACUUCAUUGUCAGGUCAAAACCUGUUAGUCUUGUGAUAACAACACCAGCUCCAACUACGAGUGUCGUCACUAAUGUAGCGGGGCAAACUGAAGUUCCAACAGCUGCUCCAGUUGAAAAUGUCACCAGCACCUCAAAUGCUCCAGAGCGGGCCUCUUUCAUGGCAGUGGGACUGACCUUUAACAUUAUCUGCAUAUUUCUUCAACAUAUUUUCGUUCACUAAAGUUUAAUUGAUGAUCUUUGUUUUUUUUUUGUUUUGUUUUUUGUGAAAAAAAUUAAUAAAUAAAAUGAUAUCCAGUAGUAAUAGUCAUUCAAAAGGAAGAAUAAAUGAAUGAAUGAAAAUGUAAUGGAGCAACCGGAGGGGGGGAUAUAUAUAUAUAUAUACGGAUAAUAUAUACCACACAGUUGAAAGACAGAGAAACAGCAACAUCUCAAUCUUUAUGGUGUGUUUAAAUUAAUAUCUAUUAAAGGAGCAAUAAAAUAUU